GAGCUUUGGAGUUAACGACGGAGUCUCCAGUGUUUAACAGCUGAUUGGCUGAAGUUAACGUCCUUCUGUCUGAAUUUCAGCGCAGAGGAAUCCCUGAACAACUACUAGACUUGUCAAAAUGAACUUGUCAUACUUUGUAGCGUGUGGACUUAUGGUCACCUUGCUUUCAGUGAGGAUGGGGGCAAAACCUUUAACACAGGCGCAGCAAAAGUCUCUUAGAAGUUUGCUGGGCGAGGAGCUGGCAGAGUUACUGGAGUCGGAGGAGAGGGAGAAACGGCUAGACGCUGUGCGUACUCGGAUGCGGUUACUGCGCGAUUUACGAAUGGACACCCGGGCCAGAGGGAUGUGGGCUCGUCUCCUCAACGAUCAACCAGCAAACAGGAAACACAAAUCGGGAAACAAGAAGGGUGGCUCCCCGCCACGGAGUGGCUGCUUCGGACACAAGAUGGACAGGAUAGGCACCAUCAGCGGAAUGGGAUGCUAGGGUUGGAGCAGCGCUGCAAUAAUCUCUGGACGAUGUGUUUGUUUGGAUGACAAAAGUUGAGUUUGUGCUCACCAGAGGGGAGAAAAAAAAAAGAAAAACUCAUCAUGAUCGAUCUUUGGUACGAGAGUCACCAUGACCAGCAUAAACAAAGACUUGGAUAACAAUGCUACAAAAUCCUCAUAUAGAUAUAUAUAUAUAUAUAUAUAUGUACAAUAAAUAUGCAGGUAUAUAUACAUAUAUACAGUACAUAUAUGUAUACCAUACAGAAUGGUCAACAGAUACAAACACAGAUGCAUAGUACAACA